UCAAGCAUUCAUCGCUUGCAAACUGGGCGCGCCAUGCCUUUGGACUUCUACGAGGCCUGGGACCUUGCUGACAAGGAAGCGUCUUCUUCAGGAAACGCUUCCUCUGAUGCUGCUGCAGUUCCGGCGCAAUGUGAGGCUUUGUACGAAGCCUGGGACCUUGCUGAACAUGAAGCGUCUUCCAAAGAAAAAGCUGAUGCUGAUGCCGCUGCCGCUUCGGCGCAAUGUGAUGACCAAAUUGCAGCUGCGCCAAAAGUUGCGCAAGAAAAGCAACAAGGGAAGCCUGCAACCAAAAGGAAAAGGAGACUGAGGAAGAAGGGUGUGAAGAAGGCCAAAAAGCCAGUGGAGAUUCCAAUGCCUGGCUUGCAGGAAAGUGACACAGAGCAGAGCCAAAUUGACGAACAAAGAUGGAAGACGCGUGCUUCCAAAGCGAGGUACCAUAGUGCAUGGAAGGCUGUCAAGGAAGAGCCUGCUGAUGAGGUAGGCGCGCAGCAACCUGCUCAUGAACUACAAUUACAAUCAAAAGAUCAGCCAAUUAUGGCGGAAGCUGUGCCACCCUUUCCAGCUGCUGAAGCAGAGACUGGACCUUUGGCGCAGCGUCUCACAGAGCAAUUGGUCAGCGCUCUCUUGCAGCACCCUUCACCGCCACCAGUGGCACCGCCACCGCCCAAAGCAGCUGAAGGGUCAAAGCCUCCAUGGCGUCGUGCACCCAAACCGAAAGCAAUGGCUCCGCCAGCAGCGAGAAGCAAAUUCAUGUGUGGUCCUCCAAUGACUCUGAUGGCUGCACCUGCCCGCAUGGUGGAGCCAGGUCUUCCAGCUCCACAACCACCGCCACCGCCCAAGACGACUACACCACCUCCCAGGGUUAAAGGUCCUGCUGGGGUUGAGUACGAAGGAAGGUUCUACGUGACUUGCAUGGUUUGGACACCAGAAUAUUUCCCGAAAGCAUUGCGAAGGGUUCUUCCGGAAAAUCCUUUGAACACUGACACUUCGACACUUACACUCAGACACACCUAGACAUUGACACUUUCACCACACUGGCAGGAUAAAUAACAUGAACGCUAUACGUAGC